AUUGUUCCACAGACUCACACAAGACAAACACCACCAACUCUGCAGUUCCUUCUUUCUCCUAGAACAUGGCUACCUCAUCUCCCUCUCUAAAGUUCACUGUAGAUAGGUGCCAACCAGAGCUGGUGGUUCCUGCUACACCCACUCCACACGAAGUUCUACCACUCUCUGACAUAGAUGAUCAACAAGGCCUGCGUUUCCAAAUUCCAUUGGUACAGUUCUACAGUAACGAGCCAUCAAUGGUGGGAAAAGACCCUGCUAAUGUCAUUAGACUCGCACUCGCGCAAACACUUGUGUUCUACUACCCUUUUGCGGGUAGGCUUAGGGAGACACUUGGUCGCAAAUUGGUGGUGGAUUGUACUGGAGAAGGUGUCAUGUUUAUUGAGGCCGAUGCAGAUGUAACACUUGAUCAAUUGGGUGACUCUCUUCAACCUCCAUUCCCAUGCUUCCAACAACUACUAUAUGAUGUUCCUGGCUCCGAGGGAGUUACUGACUGUCCCCUUAUACUCUUUCAGGUCACACGUCUCAAGUGUGGUGGUUUCGUCCUAGCCGUUCGUUUGAACCACACCAUGAGCGAUGGAACUGGCAUAGCACAGUUCAUGAACGCAGUAGCAGAAAUGUCCCGAGGAGCUCGCCAACCUUCCGUUCCACCCGUGUGGCAUAGGGAGCUUCUACAGGCAAGAGAUCCACCUCGCAUUACAUGCAACCAUCGUGAAUUCGAGCAAAUUCCAGACCCCAACGAAGGGUCCUUCACUGCUUCAUAUGAGAACAAAAUGCUUCUUCGAUCUUUCUUCUUUGGACCCACCGAGAUAGCAGCCCUUCGCCGCUUGGUUCCCCAUCACCUUCACCACUGCUCCACAUUUGAUAUCAUCACUGCAUGCAUAUGGCGUUGUCGCACAAAAGCAUUGCAAAUAGAGGCACAUGAGGAUGUUCGCAUGAUGGUCAUCGUCAACGCACGUGCCAGGUUUAAUCCUCCGUUACCCGCUGGUUACUACGGCAACGUAUUUGCAUACCCCGCUACAGUUACCACCGCAGGGGAACUUUGCGAAAAUCCAUUUGGGUAUGCAGUGGAGUUAAUAAAUAAAGUGAAAGGUGAGGUGACAGAAGAAUACAUGCAUUCCGUGGCAGAUCUAAUGGUUACCAAGGGACGGUGUUUAUUUACGACUGUGAGAUCUUUAAUCGUGUCGGAUUUGAGACGUAUUAGUUUCAAACAACUUGAUUUUGGGUGGGGUAAGGCACUGUAUGGAGGAGUGGCCAAAGGUGGGGCCGGGCCAUUUCAUGGGGCAAUGUAUCUCAUAUCGCAUAGGAAUGGAAAAGGAGAAGAAGGUACAGUAAUACCAAUUUGGUUGCCUCACAAAGCUAUGGACAUGUUUGCAAACGAAUUAGAUUACAUGCUUGGGAAAGGUCCUAGUUUUACCAUCUCUACCUAAUAGUUUGUAGCAUUUUCUGGCAUGCAUGCAUUUUCUGUUUAUGUUGUAUUUAUGUUAAUAUUCGAGUGGGGUGAAUGAAAUAGAAGUGUCCCGAGUGUUAUUUGUAAUGAAAGGAUAUCAAGUUUUAAAUAAAUGUUUAACAAUUUAGAAGA